AAACAAGAAAAAUAUAUUAAAUUUGGAAUAUUUAAAUAUCAAGUUUUAAAAUUAUAAUGUUCUGUGACUUCUGUCACCACAAAUAUUAUCAUCCCCCAAGAAUCUAAAGACCAUACUGGCGGAACAUCCAAACCAAACUGUUGUGAAAGAUUGAUUUUUUGGGGCUGUUGAUAUGGCGACCGGAGCUGUUCCAACUACUUUUACAAGUGUAAAAAGCAAGGGCCAUGGCCUAGGAUUUACGAGAAAUGUGGAAUUUGUUAAGGUCUCGGAAAUGGAUAGGGUUAAGUUUCGUCGGACCAUGGUUUCUCUGAUUAGGAAUUCUAGCUCUGGGUCGGAGAUUGUGGAGCUGCAGCCUGCAUCAGAAGGGAGCCCUCUAUUAGUUCCGCGGCAAAAAUAUUGUGAAUCUACACACAAGACCAUAAGGAGAAAAACCAACACAGUGAUGGUAGGCAAUGUGGCUAUUGGCAGCGAACAUCCUAUAAGAAUUCAAACAAUGACCACUACUGAUACUAAGGAUAUUGCAGGAACAGUAGAGCAGGUGAUGCAAAUAGCUGACAAAGGAGCUGAUAUUGUUCGCAUAACUGUGCAAGGGAAGAAGGAGGCAGAUGCAUGUUUUGAGAUUAAAAAUUCUCUUGUUCAGAAAAACUAUAACAUACCAUUGGUGGCAGACAUUCAUUUUGCUCCUCCUAUUGCAAUGCGAGUUGCUGAAUGCUUUGACAAAAUCCGAGUCAACCCAGGAAACUAUGCUGAUAGACGAGCUCAGUUUGAGACUCUGGAGUACACUGAAGAUGACUAUCAGAAAGAACUUGAGCAUAUCGAAGAGGUUUUUACUCCAUUAGUUCAAAAAUGUAAGAAAUAUGGAAGGGCAAUGCGUAUUGGGACGAACCAUGGCAGCCUUUCUGAUCGUAUCAUGAGUUAUUAUGGAGAUUCUCCUAGGGGAAUGGUUGAAUCUGCCUUUGAGUUUGCAAGAAUUUGUAGGAAGCAUGACUACCAUAAUUUUGUCUUUUCAAUGAAAGCAAGCAAUCCAGUUGUCAUGGUCCAAGCAUAUCGUCUACUUGUAGCUGAAAUGUAUGUCCAGGGUUGGGAUUAUCCAUUGCACUUGGGAGUUACUGAAGCUGGUGAGGGAGAAGAUGGACGGAUGAAAUCUGCUAUUGGCAUUGGAACACUGCUUCAGGACGGUUUGGGUGAUACAAUUAGGGUGUCCCUAACAGAACCUCCCGUUGAAGAAAUAGAUCCAUGCAAAAGGCUUGCCAACCUUGGCAUGAAAGCAGCCAGUGUGCAGCAAGGGGUGGCACCAUUCGAAGAAAAGCACAGACAUUACUUUGAUUUUCAGCGGAGAACUGGUCAACUUCCAGUGCAAAAGGAGGGUGAGGAAGUGGAUUAUAGGGGUGCCCUCCAUAGAGAUGGAUCUGUUCUCAUGUCAGUUUCCUUGGAUCAAUUGAAGAAACCUGAACUUCUCUACCGAUCAUUAGCAGCUAAACUUAUCAUUGGCAUGCCGUUUAAGGACUUAGCAACUGUGGACUCAAUCUUACUAAGAGAGCUUCCACCACUAGAUGAUAAAGAUGCACGACUAGCUCUUAAAAGGUUGAUAGAUGUAAGUAUGGGAGUCAUCACCCCGCUCUCAGAGCAACUAACGAAGCCUUUGCCAAAUGCAAUUGUCCUGACAACUCUUCAGGAGUUAUCAACUGGUGCUGACAAGCUUUUGCCUGAAGGCACACGCUUAGUUGUGUCAGUACGUGGUGAUGAACCACAAGAACAGCUGGAAUACUUAAAAAGCAGUGGUGCCACCAUGGUUUUCCAUGACUUACCAUAUACUGAAGAGAAAGUUGGAAGAGUACAUGCUGCCAGGAGGCUAUUUGAAUAUCUUUCUGAACAGCAUCUAGACUUCCCUGUGAUUCAUCACAUACACUUCCCCAAAGGGAUUCACAGGGAUGAUUUAGUCAUUGGUGCUGGUACCAAUGCGGGGGCCCUUUUGGUUGAUGGCCUUGGAGAUGGCAUCCUGUUAGAAGCACCAGAUCAGGACUUUGAUUUUCUAAGGAAUACAUCUUUUAAUUUGCUUCAAGGUUGCAGAAUGCGGAAUACAAAGACGGAAUACGUUUCAUGCCCAUCUUGCGGCAGGACUUUAUUUGACCUUCAAGAAAUAAGCGCAGAAAUAAGAGAGAAGACAUCACAUCUGCCUGGUGUUUCGAUCGCUAUUAUGGGUUGCAUUGUAAAUGGACCAGGGGAGAUGGCUGAUGCAGAUUUUGGCUAUGUUGGUGGUGCUCCAGGAAAGAUUGACCUCUAUGUCGGAAAGACGGUUGUAAAACGAGCUAUUGCCAUGGAACAAGCAACAGAUGCCUUAAUCCAGCUCAUAAAAGAUCAUGGCCGCUGGGUUGACCCCCCUGCCGAAGAGUAAGACAUGCAGUUUUAGUCCACAAAUUAACCAAAACUGCUGUCAGGUGGAGAAUACAGUGUACAUUAACACUUUACUACACAACUCAAGCAUAAAUGACGGUAUGCUUAGGAAAAACAUAAAAAACCAGUACAUUAUUUUUAUUGAUGUGUAUCUCUUAGUUUCUUCUGUAAAUUAGAAAGCAAAUAGGCUCAACCAAAAUAAAAGUGUUUAUAGUGUUACAACUUUAGCGUAAGAAUAACUAUAAUGGUUUGUUAUAUGUUUUUACUACUUCUUUUGAUAUACAUCAUGAACUGGAAGUUGAAUGUCUUA